GUUUACUUAUUUUCGUUUCAUCAACAGAACGUUGAGUUUCUCGAUUGAGAGAAAGUGUUUCGUUUUCUCCACCGAAUGAUAUUUUUCUAAUUUUCUCUUAAUUGUCGUUGAUUUGAUUCGUUUUUUUAUUCUAUUCUCAUCUUUAAUCUUCAUCAUCUUCUUCUUACAAAAUGAAGCUUCUUUUCUUCCCAAUGGAUGGUCAUGGACACGUUAACUCUUGUAUUGGUUUAGCUCGAAUGCUUCGUGAUCAAGGCCAUGAAUCGGUUUUUGUUGUUCCUUCAAAUUGGUCGGUUCUCAUUACUGGUCAUUCGUUUGGGAUUGAACCAAUUGUCGAUCCAACUUGUGGUGAUGUAGAUCCAUUGGAUAGAUGGGCUGGAAUGGUUCGUGCUCUUGGCCCAUCGUUUGCCAAAAGUCCUUCAGAUCAAAUCAUCGAUCUACUUGCUACUGAUACCAAAGAAUUUACUGAUUAUGCCAAAAGGAUCGACGAUCAAGUAGCAAAGGCCAUUGAGAAGGUUAAUCCUGAUCUAAUUAUCAUCGAUUUUUAUGUAACUGUUCCAUCCGUAACUCGAUCAGGUAAACCAUGGGUUCUCCUCUAUUCAGCUAAUCCACUUUUCGCUUACGAAUCUCCAAAUAAUCCCCCAAGAUACUCUGGAUUAGGAGCUUCUGAUGAUCCUAAAUUGUUCCAACAAUUUAGACAACUGGUUAAACAACAACUAACUGAAGUUAAAGCUGAUUUUGACUUAUUCCUUGAAAGUAAAGGAUUAACACCUCAUGAAACUGAAUUAGUUUCACCUUCACCAUAUCUUAAUCUCUACUCUUAUCCAGAAGAUUUGGAUUAUAGUGAAUUGGGUCCAGUUCCCGAUAAAUGGUUUCGACUUGAUCAUAUGGUGAGAGAAGCCGAAGGAGGACCAAUUGGUUUCGAUGAAUCUUUUUUCAAUACCAAUGAAAAGAUCAUUUUAUUCAGUUUAGGAUCAAUGGGAAGUGCGAAUGUCACUUUGAUGAAUCAAUUGAUUGGUUUCAUGGGUGAAUCGAAACAUCGUUUCAUUGUAUCCAAAGGUCCAUUUCAUGAGGAGAUAAAAUUAUAUGAUAAUAUGAUCGGUGGAAGAUAUUUGAAUCAAAUUAAAAUUCUUCCAAAGGUUGACCUCGUUUUAACCCAUGGAGGUAACAAUACAUUCAUUGAGACUCUUUACUUUGGUAAACCUCUUAUUGUGUUACCUUUGUUUGGAGAUCAACAUGAUAACGCUCGAAGAGCAAUUGACAAGAAUAUUGGAAGAGCAUUUGGUCCAUAUCAAGUAACAAAGGAACAACUUAAUGGUGCAAUUGAUGAAAUUCUUAAUGAUAAAGAAUUAAUCGAACGAGUUAAAAAUAUUGGUGAAAAAAUUCGAACCACAAAGAGUCACCAACAAUUAAGUGAUCGAUUGACUAAACUAAUAAAUCAAUCGAAAGAACCAUAGAUUGGACCAUUAAACCAAUUCGAUUGGAAUUUUUUUCCCUCAAAAUUAAGUUUAAAUUUUUCGAUAUCAUCGAUAACUUUUAUAUAUGAAUUACUAUCAAUACAAAUUGUUGGCUUCACUUUUUUUCGGUUACCUUGUUAAUGUCAAAUUAUCAUGAAAGUUAAAUUGUCCAUCAACUAAUUAUAUUGUCUACUAAUUGUUUCUUAUUAAACGUUUUAGAUCAUCGUGA